CGUUUGGCCAUGCAAAAGUUUCCAGCCGCGUCCGGAUUUCCCUCGGCUCUGCGCAAACGGGGCAACCCCCCCCCUUUGGAUUUUAAGGUGGAUAUUUGAGCAUUUCAGGGCAUGAAAAGGGAUGGCUGACCGUUCAAAUUCUCAGGAGCUGGAGAACAACAGCUGGGUGAUCACAGGAGCAGAGGCUGCCGCUGUGGAAGAUCUCGGUUUCGAAGCAUCCGAAGAAACCCAGUUAGAAGCAUCUCCGCCCGAGAGCGAGCUCUUCGUGGACAGUCCAGAUCUGGAAGAAGGCAAAGCAAAGAGUCAGGAGCCAGAAGAUCACCUGAUUUCCAGAGAUCCUUCCAGCCAGGAAUCUACUCUCUUAUUGUUGAAUGAAGAGAAGACGGACAGCCCACAUCCAGAGGACGAAGGAUUCCCCCUCUCACAAUCACCCCCCACAGGUCUCCCCAGAGAUGAACAGAAGGCUUCUUCCAGCCUCAGGGAAGAGGUGGCGUCCCCCGAAGCCGACGUCGAGGGUCUGCGCCAACGGAAAGGCCGUGUGGACGACGUCCAGCAGGUGGGGCCGGAGCUGACCCGCGACCAAGCUAAGGAAGCUCCUGAGGACGAGGACGAUGGGCUUUCCAGGGUGAAGUGGCUGCUGGCCGUUAUAGCCAUUGUUGGUUUUGGAGUCUUGGCCAUGUUGGGGGUCUUCCUUGACACCGAGGAAGGGGGCCUGGACCUGCUGAACCUGGGACUCAGCUCCGACGGAGGAGAGUCGCCUCCCGCCAACGGCGGGCAGAAGGAAGAACUACAAAUUCUGCUGCAGAAAUCCCAAGACAAGACAUUAGCUGUCGAUUCCCUGCAGCAGAAUUUGGCUACGGAAAACCAACGUUUGGCCGAAGCCUUGAAGAGGGAGACGGCUGCCCUUUCGGCUGCCCGGGGCGAACUCCAGCUUCUUCGGGAAAAGGUCCGUAAGCUGGACACGCCGGCCGAUGCCAAAUCCCGCCAGCAUGCCGGAGAAGAACCGGUCUCUCGUCGCCCUGAUUUUCAGGAGAAGGAACUCCACCGUCUGCGUUCCUUGCUGGGUUCGGUCCGUCAGGAUUUGGGAAAGCUGAUACAAAAAAACCCCCUGGAGGAAUUGAAAAACCUGGAGCAGAGGCUGGGCAAGGAGGUAGACCUCAGUGAGGUUGAGAAAGAACCCCGGACGCCGUGGAAAGAGAGCGCCAAAGCGAGGCAGGGCAGAGCCAAACCGUGGCAGAAGAAACACCAAGGGGAGGAGAAGUUUCGGCAGGAGGACCGGGGGGAGGACCCCAAAGUAGUCAAUGGGAAAGGGCCGCAUCCUCCCAAGAAGCACCAAACAAAGACCCCCAAAGGAGGAGACUACCAGCGGGGGUCCCGCAAAGCCAGGAAACCGAUGGAGCCCCAGGAAUUGUGGGAGAUGCUCGCCAAGCAUCCGUUCCCCGCCCCGCAAGGUUGUUCUGGGGUCGCCGAAUGCGCCCGCCGAGAUGGUUUGGCCCCCGUCCAGAAAGGCCCCUUCCUCAAACUGGUGCAAAAUUAUCUCUCCGGACUGGGCUGGGGGAGAUACGCCAGCGAGUUGGUCCCGGUGCUGGAAGGGUUUUUCGGCGCCGACGGGCUCUUUGCCCACGAUCGGAUCGGCUUUGCCGACUUUUUGGAUAAAACCGAAGACGCCCUGGAAGAACUGGCGCGGCACUUGGGAGUGAGCGAUGACGGGGUGGACGAUUUCGAGGACACCAUGCUGAAGCAGCUGGGGGCAGCCCCCGGACGCAGAUCCACUCGGGGAGACGGCGCCAAAGAGGGAAGCCAUCCUAAGAACCAGGCAUAUGGUUAGCCCGUCUUUCGACGGGCAUGGAGAGGGUCGCAUCGACAUUGGUGGAAAUCUCAAAGGAAGAGUCUUCUUCAUUUCCUUCCAAGUUUUUUGUGGAGUGGGGGGGGGGCAUUCCUUUCUCCCUUCCCCCUGGUUCGAAUUUUAUAUCUCCCAUCUAAUACAUCCGGGAGUGACGUCCAGUGAGUUAGCUGAUGUAUCCAAGAGCUCCGUUGCUCGAUCCGUGUUUUAGUUUUGAAAUGCCGCUACUCCUCGACUUACCACCACAAUUUCUGUACUACAGCAAGAUGUUGGGGUGUGUGGUUGCCCCCCCUUCCUCGCCACCGUCUAAGCAAAUCGCUGCAGUUAUUAAGUUCGUGACACGGACAUUAAGCUUAUCAUCACAGUUGUUUUAAUGGGUUUAAAGACACAGACACCCCAAUCCUUCCCAUCCCAACCCCGGGGGCUUAGAUGCCAGGGAGCUGCCCAUUUUUUCUCCGCUUGACUUCCACGCUCACUAAUCUCUCCCGAAUCUCGUCUGUGAUAUCAAACUGUCCAACAGCCAAUAAAAGGACGGAUUUAG